UCAAGUUUUCUUGAUAACCAAGACGAGUCUCUCUAUUUAUGUGUUUUGAAACCCAAAAACGCCUUUCUUCAUCCAAAAACUUACCCCUUUAUUCUAAAUCUAAAAAAUCUACUGAUAACGAUGAAGAGUAAUUCUUCAGAGACGAAAUUCGUGCAAGAGUUGAUUCUGUACGCGGCAAGCGCUGCUCUUAGCUGCCUCGUGUUGUUUGUGGGGCUCCGACAGCUUGACCCGAACCGGGAAGCAUCCAAGAAGGCUCUGGAACACAAGAAGGAAAUUGCUAAGCGUCUGGGCCGACCCCUCAUUCAUACCAAUCCUUAUGAGGAUGUGAUAGCCUGUGAUGUAGUGAACCCUGAUCAUAUAGAUGUGGAGUUUGAUUCCAUUGGUGGGUUGGAAUCCAUUAAGCAAGCAUUAUAUGAAUUAGUAAUUCUUCCCAUGCGGAGACCUGAGCUAUUUUCUCAUGGAAAGCUGCUGGGUCCGCAAAAAGGAGUCCUGCUUUAUGGACCACCUGGGACUGGAAAGACUAUGCUUGCCAAAGCAAUUGCUAAAGAGUCUGGUGCGGUUUUUAUUAACGUGAGAAUAUCAAAUCUGAUGAGCAAGUGGUUCGGUGAUGCACAAAAAUUAGUUUCUGCCGUAUUUAGUUUGGCAUAUAAGCUCCAGCCAGCAAUUAUAUUUAUUGAUGAAGUGGAUAGCUUUUUGGGUCAGCGCAAGACUUCAGAUCAUGAAGCAUUAACAAAUAUGAAGACUGAAUUCAUGGCUUUAUGGGAUGGUUUUACCACAGAUCAGAAUGCACGGGUAAUGGUUCUUGCUGCAACUAAUCGCCCAUCUGAGCUUGAUGAAGCAAUUCUUCGACGUCUUCCUCAGGCCUUUGAGAUUGGAUUCCCCGACCGUAGAGAGAGAAUUGAGAUUCUGAAGGUGAUCCUGAGGGGAGAGAGAGUGGAAGAUAACAUUGACUAUGACCGCAUUGCUAGUUUAUGUGAUGGAUACACUGGUUCAGAUCUUCUUGAGCUCUGUAAAAAAGCUGCCUACUUUCCUAUCCUUGACCUGCUUAAUGACGAGAAAAAUGGAAAUCCUUCCGCGGAGCCAAGGCCAUUAUCAGAAUCCGAUUUGGAGAAAGUUGUAGCUACGUCAAAAAAGACACAGGUUGCUGCAAAUGAAUACAAUACAUUACGUUCACAGUUUGUUGGAUUGUCAAGGCACACAGACAGAGAUGAUUAUCCAGUCCAAGCUGCAAUUAGCGAGCUUUCUAAGCUUGUGGUUUCACAAAUUUUAAAUCUCCAGAUAGAUAACCAGGAUUCUUAAUCGCCACUAGCAAUUGCCACAGACGGGAAGAUUUUGGAUUGUGUAUAUUGAUUGACAUACUUUUUACGGGUCACUGGGUGAAGUGAGUAUUUCAGUAAUUUUAAUGUUGUAGGAAAUUUGAGCAAUUUAGUUGACAGUCAUUAACAAUGGGCGUAGAUGCUGUUGUACCGCUUAUUGAAUAGAACGACAGCUAUUUAUCUGUGGAUGGUUGAGAAAGUUUAAUGGCAUAUGCAUAAUGGAAUAGCCGCUCCUAUCAUUUUUGUUGGCGGACCAGUUUCUCCUUUUUCCUAA